AUGGCGGCGCCAGCGGUUGCAUCGGUGGCUCUGCUCCUGCUCUCCUGUCUAGCGGCGGCGGCGGGAGACGACCGGGACGCGCUGCUGGCGUUCAAGGCCGGCGUGACGCAGGACCCGACGGGCGCGCUCCGGUCUUGGAGCAACGAUAGGCGCUUCUGCCGGUGGGCCGGGGUGAACUGCAGCGCCGCGGGGCGCGUCACCACGCUGGACGUCGGCUCGCGCCGCCUCGCCGGCACGCUCUCCCCGGCCGUAGCGGACCUCGCGCACCUCGAGGUCCUCAACCUCACCGACAACGCAUUCUCCGGCUCCAUCCCGGCCAGCCUCGGCCGGCUCGGGCGCCUCCGGUGGCUCAGCCUCUGCGACAACGCCUUCACCGGCGAGAUCCCCGCCGCGCUCCGCGGGCUCGGGAACCUCAGCACCGCGUACCUCAACGCCAACAACCUCACCGGCGCCGUCCCCGCCUGGCUCGGCGCCAUGUCGUCGCUCACGGUGCUGAAGCUCAGCACGAACUCGCUCUCCGGCCGCAUCCCGCCGUCGCUCGGCAACCUCAAGUCGAUCCAGCGGCUCGAGCUCGCAGAGAACCUGCUCGAAGGCGAAAUCCCUGAGGGCCUCGCACGCCUCCCGAUGCUCCAGUCGUUCAGCGUGUACCAGAACCGCCUCUCCGGCGAGAUCCCGCCCGGCUUCUUCAACCUGUCGUCUCUGUGGGGCCUCGCCCUCGCCAACAACGCGCUCCAAGGCGAGCUCCCGCGCGACGCGGGCGCACGCUGGCCGAACCUCGUGCACCUCUACCUCGGCGGCAACCGCCUCACCGGGCCCAUCCCAGCGACGCUCGCCAACGCCACCCAGCUGCAGUUCCUCAGCCUGGCCAACAACAGCUUCACCGGCCGGGUGCCGCCGGAGAUUGGCAAGCUCUGCCCGCAGUCGCUGCAGCUGUCCAAUAACCAGCUCACGGCGACCGACGCUGGCGGCUGGGAGUUCCUGGACAACCUGACGAGCUGCGACGCCCUGACUGAAAUAUUCCUCGGCGGCAACAAGUUCUCCGGCGCCAUGCCGAGCUCCAUCGCGCGCCUCUCGAUGCUCCAGGCGUUGAGUUUGUCGGGCAAUCGCAUCUCCGGCGUUAUACCGCCGGGCAUAGGCAACCUCGUCGGGCUACAGAUGCUGGACCUCCGGCAUAAUCUCUUCGCCGGCGCGAUCCCAGAGGGGAUUGGCAAGCUGGAGAACCUCCAAGAGCUGCAGUUGCAGGGGAACGAGCUGACCGGGCCGGUGCCGUCCGCCAUUGGCGACCUCACGCAGCUGCUUAGCCUCGACCUCAGCGAUAACUCGUUGAACGGGUCGAUUCCUCCCAGCCUCGGCAACCUGCGGCGCCUGAUGCUGCUCAACCUCUCCGGCAAUGGGCUCGCCGGCCAUGUCCCGAAGGAACUGUUCGGCCUCUCGUCCUUGUCAUCGGCGAUGGACUUGUCGCGUAACCAGCUGGACGGCGUUCUCCCGCGAGAGGUAGGCCAGCUUGUGAAACUCACGUUCACGACGUUCGCCGGGAACCGUUUAUCUGGCGACGUGCCGGCCGAGCUCGGGAGCUGCCAGAGCAUGGAGUUCCUCGACCUGGACAGCAAUCUCUUCACCGGAAGCAUCCCGCCGUUGCUGAGCAAGUUGAAGGGGCUCAGGAUGCUAAACCUGUCGAGCAACAGGUUAUCCGGCGCCAUCCCGCCGGAGCUCGGCCAGAUGACGGGGCUGCAAAAACUGGACCUCUCGCGGAACGAACUGUCCGGCGGCGUGCCCGUGGGAUUGGAGAACAUAAGCUCCCUGGUCGUGUUCGACGUGUCCGGCAACAACCUCGCCGGCAACGUCCCACAGCGCGGCGUGUUCGCGAACGCGACCGGGUUCAAGAUGGCCGGCAACAACGCGCUCUGCGGCGGCGCAACGCAGCUCAGGCUGCCGCCGUGCCGGACACUCGCGAAUUCCACCACCAGAGGCUCUCACCUGUUCCUCAAGAUCGCGCUGCCCGUCAUAGGGGCCGCUCUGUGCAUCGCCGUACUGCUCACGGUCCUCCUGUGGCGGCGCAAGAGGAAGUCGAGGACCACGAGCACGGCGGCCCGCAGCGUGCUCAACGGCAACUAUUACCCGAGGGUGUCCUACGCCGAGCUUGCGAAAGCCACCGACGGUUUCGCGGAGGCGAACCUCGUCGGCGCAGGGAAGUACGGGUCCGUGUACCGCGGCAACCUGGCACUGAAGAGGAAAGGAAACCUGGCGCACGAGGCCAUGCCCGUGGCGGUGAAGGUGCUCGACCUCGGGCAAGCCGGGGCGUGCAAGACGUUCCUGUCGGAGUGCGAGACCCUGCGGAGCGCGCGGCACCGGAACCUGAUCGGCAUCGUCACCUGCUGCGCCAGCGUGGACGCGGCCGGCGGCGAGUUCAGGGCCCUCGUGUUCGACUUCAUGCCCAACACCAGCCUCGACCGGUGGCUGCACCCGGGGCCAUCGGACGCGCGCAAGCGUGGCGGCCUGAGCCUGGUCCAGAGGCUGAGCAUCGCCGUGGACAUCGCCGACGCGCUCAGCUACCUCCACAACAGCUGCGACCCGCCGAUCGUGCACUGCGACCUCAAGCCCGGCAACGUGCUCCUUGGCGACGACAUGACGGCCCGCAUCGGCGACUUCGGCCUCGCCAAGCUGCUGCUCCUCGACGCCGGAGGUGAAGGCACCGAGAGCACCAUCGGCAUCAGGGGCACCAUCGGCUACGUCGCGCCGGAGUACGGCACGACGGGAAGCGUGUCCAGGGCGGGCGACGCGUACAGCUACGGGGUCACGCUCCUGGAGAUGCUGGCCGGGAAGGCGCCGACGGACGGCGGGCUCGGGAACGGCACGACGCUGCCGGAGUUCGUGGCGGCGGCGUUCCCGGAGAGGAUCGAGCAGGUGCUGGACCCGGCCCUGCUGCCGAUGGAGGGGCUGGAGAGAUCAGUCUCUGUUUCGGCUUCGAUUUCGACCAUGUCGACGGUGUCGACGUCGUAUUCGGAGGACAGCGAGGUGCGCGUCACGGCGCGGGACUGCGUGGUCGCCGCCGUGAGGGUCGCGCUGAGCUGCUGCCGGCGGGCGCCGUACGAGAGGAUGGGCAUGAAGGAGGCCGCCGCCGAGAUGCACCUCAUCAGAGACGCCUGCCUUCGCGCUUGCGGUGCAAACAAGCCUGUGGUUUAG